AUGCCCUCAAAGAGGUCUGCCAUGCGGCCAUGCCGAGGACGCUUCGCAGAGCCCAUCGCGGGCGAUCCGCCCUGGGAACUCCAGGCGGAGGUGCUUGCAGAGGUGUACGGCUUCCGGGCCGAGGCGAGAGACCGCGGCGACCGUCCAGGAACCAAUCCUAGAGAUCCUAUCGAAAUAAACAAGAAUAGUAUUACAUUAGAAGCUGUAGCGCCACUCAUCUCUUCAAAAAAUACGGCUAUCAUUGUUCACGGACAUAGAGGAUCUGUAACUACUUCCUUAAACCCGACGGUCAAGGAUGCUUUCCUCAGGAAUCAAGAUUUAAACGUCAUUGUAGUAGACUGGUCAUCGUACGCAUCGCAAUCUUACGCUGUUGCUGCGGGAGCCGUCCCAAGUGUUGGUGUCAGCUUGGCUGAUUUGAUCAAACAAUUAGUUGACGUUACUGCUGUGUCUAUUAACUCCUUGCAUCUAGUCGGUUUUGAUCUCGGCGCUCAUAUCGUCGGUUUUGCUGGAAGGAUUCUCGAUGGAAAAGUCGCAAGAAUAACUGGACUGAGUCCAGCUGCACAGAGUUGGGGAAGCAACUCUCAACGUCUGAACAGUAAUGAUGCUAAUUAUGUGGAAGUUAUUCACACCGAUGCUGUUGGUGUUUUGGGCCAUGGUAUUGGUGACCCUGUUGGUGAUGUAGACUUCUUUGUCAACGGUGGAACUGGACAGCCUGGCUGUUUCCUUAACAAUUACUGUAGUCACAACCGUGCGUGGGAAGUGUUCGUUGCCACACUCACCAAUAAUCAUUUACUCGGAAAUCAAUGUGGAAAUUGGCUCCAAGUUACACUGAACACUUGUCGUGGCUACACUCUCCCGAUGGGAAAUAACGAUUUUAACAAACUUGGGUCUGGAAUGUUCCGUGUUAAUACCAGAAGAACAUACCCCUUCUAAUGGAUGGCACAACACUUUGUGACUAUUCACCAAACCAAGCUUUGUAUAUAUAUUUUAUUAAGGUCGGCU